UGGUGUGUACUACAUUGAUAAGCUCUGAGUAGGCUACCGAACACCGCUGUCAGCAUGACCUCAGUCAAGGGACCGCGACGGUUUAAAAGUAUAUGAGAACUAACCCUUCCCAUCUCAGAAGUAACAAACUCUGGUUUUCACAGUAUCUCCGCCGGUCCUCCUUAACUGCACUGCGAAGCAGUGUGUUGAGAAAGAAACGGGGAGGGUUUUUGUCGCACAUGGCUGGUUCUUUAAGGCGGAACGGCACAGUUCUCUGUUUUAAAGGCACACGCACGCAAAAGUAAUGUAUGCCUCGAAGAACUGAUAUUGUUUAUCUUGAACAUAGAUUGGCCAUUUCAUUCAGUUGUUUAUUUUUUUUUUUUUAAAGCAAUGUCUUAACUUAGGAUUGCUUCAGCUGAACUUUUGUCAUCAUCAUUCUUGACACUUGGGAAACACGCUUGUCUCCUUUAAAGCACGCAGGAAUCGUUGUUUCGCAAUCUCGCGAUACAAACAGCCCGUGCCUGAACGCUAUCGGAUUGGUCGGAGGGUACUUGUAAGAUGGUGCCCAGAGAGGUGUGUGUGUAAGAAAGAAGAAAAAAUGCAAUUUGAUGAUUAUAUUUGGAGUAAUUGCAAUCGUCCACAACACAGAGUAACACAACAAUAGCGUCUUUGUUUUCCUUUACUCAAUCGGACACGAUCAAGCGUGUCUAGAGUAAAGACAGAGGGAGAAGAACAAAACGGACAGGCCUGGAAACAGAGACAGGUCUGUGCUGUUUUCCUAGCCAGCCGGGGAGGGGCCAUGAAUAACUCCAUGGAGGGCACCGUGUCGUUCGAGGAGCUGGUGCGCGUUAAGGCGCGCAGCGUUCCCCAGCACCGCAUGAAGGAGUUCCUGGAGUCGCUGGCCAACAAGGGGCCCGAAGCACUGCAGGAGUUCAGCCAGCAGGGCGGCGACAACAACACCAUGGUGUACCAGCAGGGAGCCAACUGCAUCUACACGGACAGCACAGAAGUGGCAGGCUCUCUUCUGGAGCUGGCGUGCCCGGUUCAGGUGCAGCAGUCGCAACAGCAGCAGGUGUCCUCGGCGCAAGCUCAAGUCACCCAGGUAACUGCAGCACAGAUCUCCCCGCAGAUGACCACAGCUGUGCAGCAGGCCAACGAGCAGCAGAUCCAAGUACAGGUGCAGAUUCAGGGCCAGCAGGCUCAGGUAGGACAGGUGCUGCAGAUGCCUUCCCCCUCCCAGCAGCAUUUGCAGGGUGUUACCACAGCAACACAGUUCAUCCAGCAUGAGCUCACAGAGGAGCAGCACCAACAGAUCCAAGCCCAGUUGGCGGCAGCCGUGGCUGGAGGUCAGCAGAUCCAGAUCCAGACGGUAGGAGCCUUGUCUGACGUUCAGAUCCAAGCCCAGGGCUCUCCUCGCGGGGAGGCCGACCGGAGGACCCUUGGGAUCGCCACCACGCCCGCGUCAGCCGCGGGGGUCCUCCAGCCAGCCAAGAAGCGCAAGGUGGACCUGCCCAUCACUCUCUCAUACGCAUUGCCAGGGCAACAGCUGGCCACGGUGCUGGCCAUCCCUCAGGGGCAGCAGCAGAGCUAUGUGUCCCUGCGGCCGGACCUGCUGACCGUGGACAGCACCCACCUGUACAGCGCCACCGGCACCAUCACCAGCCCUACAGGCGAGACGUGGACCAUCCCGGUGUACUCCGCUCCGGCCCAGCAGCAGGGCAUCACCCACAUCGCCAUCCCUCAGGACGCCUACAGCACCGCCGCCCUGCAGGUGACGGCGCCCAACAGUAUGGCCGACGACAAGGACAAGCAGCUCAAGAUGGCUGUGGCCAGUGUCACCACGGGAGCGACGGGGGCCGUCUCCACGGCAACCGUCUCCGGCGUAGUGGCGGGUCAGGAGGAGACGGUGCAGACGCUAGCCAACACGCUGUUCCCCGCCCAGUUCAUGAACGGCAACCUCCACAUCCCCGUGGCCGUGCAGACGGUGACCGGGGCCUACUCCAACGCCACGCAGUCGCUGCAGAUCUGGGACCCCCAGCAGCAGCAGAUCAUCCAGGCGCAGGGCGGAGGGGUCCAGGAGCAACACUUACAGGGUCAGACUGUGACGGUCUCCGAGGUGGAGGCCCAGCCACAGGCCCCACCCGAGUUGAUGCUGCCCAACUCUCUGAAGCCUGAGGAGGGGCUGGAGGUGUGGAGGCUCUGGGCCCAGCGCAAGAACGCAGAGCUGGACAAGGAGCAGGCCUCCAAACUAGCACCUAUCGGACGCCGUCAGCCCCUGCGGUACCAGGAGGACCUGGUGUCGAGUGCAGUGGCGGAGCUGAACGUAGCGCUGGCGCUCAUGACCGAGGAGGCCCGAGGCCACGAGGGGGAGAGCUAUGAGGCAGACGUGCUCUACUAUGUCUUUCUGUGUAUACAGAAGUAUCUUUUUGAAAAUGGCCGAGUAGACGAUGUGUUUUCGGACGUGUACUACGCACGCUUCCAUCAGUGGCUACACAGGUUACUGGAGCCAUGGAAACCUAGCAUACAUCCUCUAGGCUACAUCAUCCCCAGCCAUGUGACUGAGGAGAUGUUGUGGGAGUGCAAACAGCUGGGAGCCCACUCCCCCUCCACACUACUGACCACACUAAUGUUCUUCAACACUAAGUACUUCCAGCUGAAGACAGUGGAUCAGCACCUGAAGGUGGCCUUCUCCAGAGUGCUCCGGCACACCAAGAAGAACCCGUCCAACCCUAAAGACAAGAGCACCAGCAUCCGCUACUUAAGGGGGGCUGGCCCACACCAUCUAGGACAGAAAGUGACCGAUGACAUGUAUGCAGAGCAGGCUGAGCACCCAGAGAACCCCCUGCGCUGUCCGAUCAAGCUAUAUGACUUCUACCUCUUCAAGUGUCCUCAGAGUGCGAAGGGCAGGAAUGACACCUUCUACCUGACCCCCGAGCCCGUGGUGGUGCCCAACAGCCCCAUCUGGUACUCCACGCAGCCCAUCCCCCGCCAGCAGGUCGAGCAGAUGCUGGCCCGCAUCCUCAUGGUGCGGGAGAUCCAGGAAGCCAUCGCCAUGACCACGGUCACCAUCCAGUAGGGCCCGUGGGGAAGAGACAGAUCAGCGCGAGCACAGACCUCGAUCAGCUGUCUCUCUCACUGUCUGUCUCUCUCUUUCUCACCUUAUCUUUCUGUCUGUCUGUUUGUCCCUCUCUACCUGUCUCUUAUGGUCUGUUUUCUCGUCUUUUCUCUACCCGUUUCUGUUUGCAGCCAUCUUUGCCUUCUUCAUAUUUUCAGACACUCAAAAGACUGUCUUUUACUGCAGAAACACACGGUGGAAGAGUGGCCUUCUCAUUUCAUGCGUCACGGUUGUUUCUCCUUUGAAAACGUCAUUUUUAUUACUUUGACAUUUUUUUAUGAUUCCUCUUUGCCUUGUGACCACUGCGCAGACAUACACGUACACACACAGCUGUGUGUGGUCGUGCUUAUACACACACAAACACAAACUUCUUUUACACUACAUCAUGUUUUUUUUUUUACUGCACUCUUAUUUAUUUUUUCUAUUUCACGGCCUUUACCAUGACUCUCAUCUGUCAAUCACAUCACAACUCUGUCCCUCCUACCUAAUGGGUGUACAGCUGUAGCCUUGUUUUGCAUCGGCAAGUUUGCAGAUGUACAUACAAACUCUGAAGUGUAUACAAACACACACGUUUGUGUCAUUUCGUGACUCGCCUGCUGGGAAGCGAGAACUUUUUAUCUCGAGAUGCAAUGGGACAGACUGGAUGGUUGACACAGCUUCUUUUCCCUCUCGGACGAGUUUCAGUACGAUUGUAGUGAAUGGUGGUGAGGACGGACACUGUGGGCGGUUACUGACUGCCACCUUUUAGUCACCAGUUGAACCUCUUGAAUGCGUCCAUUACGGAUAAUGACUUCACGCAGGCUGCUUUUUGGUGGAGCAACCACUAGGGGAGCUGUGGUGCACAAACUGAACAAAGCGCAAAAGGAGGAAGGAAAUUACACUGCUGGAGUAGUGUCUUAAAUUACUUAUUUUAGCAACACAUAAAACUGUUGUCACACUCAAACACACAAAGACUAACCCCAAAUCAUGGAUUAUAUACACACACACCACCUCUGGCAUCAACCCCCUUGGACUCUUAAGCAGGGGGUUGUAUUGUAUCAUAAACGUUUGUGUAUCAUACAUGAUGAAUUAUACAUUACAUAAAAACUG